GUAUGUUCUGAGUUAGGUGCUGUGGUUUUUGUUGAGCAGUCUUGGUGGUUUGCAGUCAUGAGAGAGUGUAUUUCCAUCCACAUUGGCCAGGCUGGUGUCCAGAUGGGCAGUUCCUGUUGGGAACUGUAUUGCCUGGAGCAUGGGAUUCAAUCAGAUGGUACCAUCCCUCCAUGGGAUCCUCAGGGCAAAUCAGACUCUUCCUUUGGGACCUUCUUCAAUGAGACAAGUUCAGGGAAGCAUGUGCCUAGAGCAAUGUUUGUUGACCUGGAGCCCACCAUCACUGAUGAGAUCAGGACUGGGACCUACUGCACACUCUUCCACCCAGAGCAACUCAUCAGUGGCAAAGAAGAUGCUGCCAACAACUAUUCUCGGGGCUGCUAUACCAUUGGGGAGGAGAUCAUAGACCCAGUUGUUGAUAGAGCUCAUAAAAUGGUAAUAAUGCUAUGGGGAAGUCCUCUGCACUAGAGAGUGGCUGCUGUUGCCCUGGCCAUCAAAAGGCAAUGGUGUGGGUGGAUUGACCGUGCCACUGUGACCUGGAAUGACAUAAGAUGCACACAGGUGUGUGUUGCCCUUCAUGGGAAACAAGGGGCUGAACAUCCACCAAGAAUUCAUUCCAACCAAUGUCACAGGUCACCUUCUGGCUGUUUUUUUUUCUCCUUAUGCCUCUCCUUCCCUGUGCAGUCUUCCUGCUGCAGAACUUCAGAAGUGCAGUGAUAACUCUGAAGUAUGCUUGAUUUGGGUAGAACCUCAUAGUGGCCUUCAAAUUUCUCCUGGUACUAUUG